AUGAAGGAGAAGCUCAAGGUGGAGGUGCAGAAGAAGGCCCAGGAGCAGAAGGAGGCUCACGCCAUGCCAGCGGCACCCCUCGGUCAGCAGCCCGUGCGAGCGCCCACCCCUGCUGGCGGCGCUUCAGCACAGGACGAGAAGAUGAGGGUCAUGGCCGAGAUCCAGAGCAAAAUCAACGCCAAAUUGGCCGCUCUCCAAGGUCGCCUCCCUCCCGGCGCGUUGGUGACCCCGACCGCGACGUCCCUCCCCAUCGCCAGUUCUGGUGGCCCUGGCCCGCGCCCUCUUCGUCUCGAUGCCGAGGGUCGGGAGAUCGACGACCAGGGCCGCGUCAUCUCGUCCGGCCGCGCGCCCGUGGUGGCCACGCUGGCCAUCAACAAGCGAGUGCAGCGCGAGGAGCUGUUCAAGCUCGAGUCGCCCGUCGUCGAGACCGACCCGUCCAAGAACCCCUACUUCGACCCGCGCAUGCGUGCGCCCAAGGUCACCCGCCCGCGUCGCGCGUUCAACUUUGUCGAGGCCGGCACCUACGUCCGGAAGGCGCAGCGCAUGCGCACGAAGCUGGCCAAGGAGCUGCUCGAGAGCUCGAUGGGCGCGGCCGACGAGGGCGCCGGCAGCGAUAUGCCGCGGGACAAGUCGCUGAUGCCGCUGCGCAAGGAGGCCGAGGAGAUCAUCCACAACGAGGACGAGCCCGUGCCCGACGUCGAGUGGUGGGACGCGCCGCUGCUGCUCCACAAGGAGCGCUACGGCAACGAAUCGACGUCGGCCGACGAGGAGCAGAAAAAGAAGAAGAAGGCCGAGGGUGAGGAGAAGGACGACAUGGCGGUGGCGGAUGAAGAGGGAAAGGGGAAGGAGAGGGUAGUGGAUGGUGAUGACGAAGCGGCCGUGAGCAGCAACAUCAACGAGCGGCGCAUCACGCAUCUCGUGGAGCAUCCCGUCGCGCUGGCGCCGCCCACCGAGAAGCCGCCGCCCGGGCCGAUGCCGCUCAAGCUCACCAAGGCGGAGCAGAAGAAGAUGCGGCGGAGGGCGCGAGCGGAGAAGCAGCGGGAGCAGCAGGAGCGCGUCCUGCUCGGCCUCGACCCGGCGCCCAAGAACCGCAUGAAGAUCUCCAACAUGAUGAAGGUGCUCACCACCGAGGCCGUACAGGACCCGACCCAGAUCGAGAAGAAGGUGAGAGCCGAGAUGGAGGAGCGAGCCAAGGCCCACGACGCGAGAAACCAGGAGAGGAAGCUCACACCCGAGCAGGCCCGGCUCAAGAAGCUCAAGAAGCUCAAGGAGGACACCAGCCUCAUCACCCACGUCGCGCUCUUCCGAGUCACCAACCUGAGCGACGAGAGGCACAAGUACAAAGUGGACGUCAACGCGCAGCAGAACUUCCUGACGGGCUGCGCUGUCCUCUACCGUGGCUGUUGCCUGGUGCUGGUGGAGGGAGGACCCAAGGCGAUCGAAAGAUACAAGAAGCUGAUGAUGCGGAGGAUCGACUGGAACGACUACACCAAGCCCGAGGAGGUCGAGGGCGCCGAGGGCAUGGAGGUGGAGAAGGAGGUGGAGAAGGCCAAGGUCGAGCGGCAGCAGAACUUCUGCGACCUGGUGUGGGAGGGCACCGUGCUCAAGUCCGCCUUCAAGAACUUCCAAGUGGACGUCUUCCCCAGCGACAAGGACGCGAGGAAGUUCCUCAAGCAGAGGGGAGUCCCACACUACUGGGACGUGUGCAGGGCGUUCAAGAGGGACAUGGCGCCGCGCAACCCUUCGGUGCAGGCCAUCAUCGCUGGUGGCACCGGCGUUGCGGCCACGAACGACUCCUAG